AUUUUAUUUCUCAAAUAUGAAUACUCAAGGACAUCAAAAGAGUCUUCUGACAUAUCUUUCUCCUACUGAAAGCUCAGCUAGGAAGAAUAUUCAUGUAGAGCCAAUGCUCGAUGAGACCAGUUUCUCAUCCACAAUCAUGGCUUACGAGGCAACCCCGACUAAAUAGAACGAUUACUUCGGAAAGAGUUAAGAAGGUUCGGAGCUCUGAAAGAACUGAAAGUUCAAAAUAUGUUGUUAACAAAUCGACUUCUUAUAAUAAAUCUCCAGUUAAGGUAACCCAUACCAGAGGUCGUUCCAGAGGCGGAGUCAUUGAGAAGACCAAGGUGACCACUACUACGUACUCUCCAGAUGCCAAAAAUACAUCAAUAAUCAGAAGCAAAUGCUCUCAUAGAAGAAAGAAUUGCUGCAGUGCAAAGAAAAUGGUAAAAACUGCUCCCUCAAAAGUCGUAAAGACGCGGUCAACUUCAUACGAAUUCACCGACCCGAAUCGGAUUCCUGUUGAUUUUGAUGACUCUCAAAAAGUCAAGAUCAAGAAGAAAAACUACACAAAAGGAAAACAACAAAAACUAGAGGGAAUUUCGAGAUCCCUCAAAAGAGCUGAUGAGCUCCGCUUUGAUGUUGAUAAUUCCGACAUCAACUCCUACCUCUCCACCCUGAUCUGCAACAGGAUCGACGAAGGCAAUGAGAUUGGCGAUAAGAGAAACUUCAUGCCCAGCACAGAGGUCCCAGACCUUGAGAGACAUAUCACUGAUCUCAAAAAGGAACUCAACCAAAAGAGACGGAUUCUCGAUAAGUUCAAAUGGACUUCAAAGAAUAAAAACGAAAGUUUCAAAAAAGUCAAAAAGGAGAUGAAUUCUGGACCAGACCACAUGCAACAGAUCAAUAGUAAGAAAGAGCAAGACUUGAAGCAGUACAUUUCACAUCUCAAGGAAAUCAAGCUUUCUCUUGAAAAGCUUGAGCCUAAAUCUUCCUCCUCAGGGAUCGACUACCUCAAAAAUUUUGAUGAAAGACAUGCCAAAUGAGUUGAGUUAUUAGAUAAAAAUGGCAUCGAACACAACGAGAAACUCACAGAGCUUCUAGCCAAAUCGGAAGCCAAAGAGCAGAAGAUAGACGAUCUUGAGGAAGCCAUUGAUUCCAAAGCCAGAAAGAGGCUUGAAAUCAUUAAUGACCAGAGAGUUAUGGAUAAAAGAGUUCUUGAUACUACAGAAAGCUCCAGUCAAGAGAUCCAUAAGCUACUCCAACUCUUGGGCAAACUCAUUCUACAAAAAGGCGAUCUCCAAAUCGCAAUUGCUGAAAAUGACUCUGAUAUUGUUAACAGCAAAAUUAACCUCUCAAAUCUAAAGGCAAGUCAGGGAAAGGAUAUCUCGAAGACAAAAGGUAAACCCUUAGCUGAAAAAGUGAAGAUCCUAAGAUAUAUAAACACAAAUCUAACAAAAUCUCAAAAUUCGUAUGAAAGAAUUCUGAGCUUGCUCAACAAAACUAGAUCAGACCUCCCUCGAAUAAAUUACUCAAAUGGGAGAAAAGCCUUCAAUGCUGACCUAGAAGAUCUUCGUACGGAGUUAAAGAAAUACAAAGACCUUGAAAUGUACUUGAAAAAGUCCAAAAGAGACUCAGAAUAUGGAGCCCAAAAGGAAAUUGAUGAAUGAAAUAGACUUUUACAACAAAGAAAACGAAAUUCUGAGAAACUCACAGAAAUUCUUAGCAACAUAAUCAAGAUAAAUAUCGAAAUUGCUCAGAAGGAAAAACAAGUCAAAGAGCUUGAAGGCAAACUUCUCCUUGCUAAUUUUGGAGAUCUUGAGAAAUACAAGCAAGAUUUAGAAAGAAUCCUAGCUGAGCUCCAACACAAGCUUGAGAGUCUGUCUCAAAGACAAGGGAAGAACCAUGAUGACCUUAUUAUUCAGAUCGAACAGAAAGACAGGAUAAUAGUUAGGCUUGUAAACCAACUGAGAAAUCUUGAUGAUAAGAUACUCUACGUUAAGAAUAACAAGCCCAAAUCUAGAGAAAAGAAAAACGUACAUGAGCAGACUCUCUCAGAAGAGAAGGAAACCAGAAUAAAACCUAUUAAUAGUUGCCAUCUUAGGACUAAAAGAGUUAAGGAAAGUGAUCUUAUCAGUAAAUCUACUUCAAAUUUUAUGAAAUAUUCUCGCAAUAUGCCAGCUUCUCUCAAGAAUUCACCUAAUGCUUAUCAGAGGAACUACACUCACGAAAGGACAUUCACCCAUGUUGCCUCUGAUCUCAGAGGAGAUAGUCCUCUUCGAAGAGUUGCCAGGGUACAUUAUUCAUCAGGCAAGAAUGAAGACCAGGACUACAAUUACAGACAACUCAAAGAGAUAUUCUCUGAGAGAAAAGCAAAGCAGGAAGAAAGAAGCAGAGAGAACGGCUCCUUCAUAAGAAACCCUUACAGAUGUCAAUACCACCUCGAGCAUUCCAAUGAUAUGAAUAGUACUUACUCUCAGAGCUACAAUAGGUACGAAUACACCCACACAGUUUCUUCAGGCAGUUACAAAGUGUUCGUACCUUCUGAUGAAGAACUGAAGAAUCUCAUCCCUGAAAGCAUUUUCUCCAGAGUCAAAAAGACAGGAUAUUCGGAUUAUGAAAUAGACAGAUACCCGUUCACAUUUCUAAGAGAUCAAAAAGGAGACACAUAUGCACAAAAUAAUAAAGGAAUCUACCCCCUCCACAAGUUCCUUGAGAGGUUUAAACAAAAGACAGAGAAUGGGGUACAUACCUACUCGCCUGCUCACACCCACAGGGCUCAUCUAAGACAUGCUUAUCAUAGUUUAGUUUAA